AAGUCAUCAAUUUUGCCAAAAGGUCAGUCUUUGUAACAUUAAUUUUUGUUACUGGAAGUUUUUUACAAGACAAUUUGUACUUCUGCAGACGAUGAAAAUAGCCAUAAUUCUGAUGCAACAGAGGUGCUCACUGUCGCAGGGCUCAUAGCAGUUGUGGCUAUAGCCAUUGGAUUACUUCUUAUCUCUCUCAUUACGUUUACCAUUAUCUCCAAGUGUAGAAAACUAAGGAAGGCUCAGUCACUGGACAACAAAAAGCGACAUGCAAUUGAGGGGCAUGAGUUAAAGGAGAUCACUGACAGAGUAGAAGAAAACGCUUCACUAGAGCUGGAGACAACAGUUGGUGCUAUCUCAGUUAUUGAGUUCCCUGAAUAUUUGAAGAGAAUGAGAAAAGGGACAAAUAAAAAGACCCAUCUGGCAAAUGAAUAUGAGGAGCUUCCAGAUCAGUUUCAGUCAGAGAGCAAAGUGGCUUGUCUUCCACAUAACAUCCCAAAGAAUAAAUUCAAGAAUAUUUAUCCAUUUGACGAGUCUCGAGUGUGUCUGACUAAUAUUCCCGGGAAACAUGGAUCAGAUUACAUCAACGCUUCAUUUAUUGACGGAUAUCGCAAGAAAAAACAGUACAUUGCAGCACAAGGUCCGUUGAAAGAGACGGUGGAGGACUUCUGGAGGAUGGUGUGUCAGUACAAGGUUGAAGCUGUAGUCAUGUUGACUAGAUGUGUGGAGAUGGGGAAACAAAAGUGCCUGCAGUACUGGCCUGACAGAAUAAACGAUAGUAUUUCUGGAGACAGCUUCACCACCACUCUUACAUCCGUUCUCACUUUUGCCGAUUAUCAGAUAAGGAAGCUUGAAAUCAAAAAUGAAUUGAAGUACGAUAAGUCAGUGACAGUGACUCAGUUCCACUACACAGCCUGGCCAGAUCACGGAGUUCCAGACAAUGUCAUGUCUGUCAUACGGUUCAUUCGUCAUGUCCGUAAACUGUUCCCUGCUGCCUCCCAAGACCAGCCACUGCUGGUACACUGCAGUGCAGGUGUGGGCCGCACCGGGACUUUCAUCACUCUGGAUAUGAUGAUGCAGCAGAUGAAGGCUGAGGCCACCCUCAGUGUCUGCCAGUGUGUCAGAAAUCUGAGAACACAACGUAUGAAGAUGGUUCAGACUCAAGCUCAGUAUGAGUUCAUUCACCAAGCUCUGAGUGAGCUGGUGGUGUGUGGAGAGACAGAGGUGACUGCAUCCAGUCUCAGGUCCUUCACUGAGUCUCUCAGCAGUAUUGAAGGAGGAACUGGUGGAAUUUCAAAGGCUCAAAAACACUUUCAAAAUUUGAUGGAGUUGGAUAGCCAGCACAAGGGAACCUUCAAGGGAGGCAGCGAAGUGAAGAAUGUCAGAAAGAACAGAUAUGCAAACACCCUGCCAAAUGGAACAGGGCAUUUUAGCCCACACUUUGUUGAAUCUGUGCCCUCACACAAUUCUUUCCUUUAUGCAUGUAAUAUAGUGUGUGGGGGAAAAACAACACUAACACAAGCUAAGCACCUAUUUUCUAGAUGGCCCAUUGUGUGCUUUGAUAGAUAGUGCAUGUAAGUGCUCUUAUGGUAAUGCUGGUUUAACCCCCCUCCCACAGAUGACCUGUACAGAGUGAACCUGAGGUUCAACCAGGAACCAGACUCCACCUACAUCAAUGCUUCAUUUGUUGACGGGUACAGGCAGAAUGGUGCCUACAUAGCAACUCAGGGUCCACUGGAGGGGACAGUGGAGGACUUCUGGAGGAUGAUGUGGGAGUACAAGUGUGGCUGUAUCGUGAUGCUGUGUCAGCUGGAGGAAGACGGCCAGGAGAGCAGCUACCCCUACUGGCCAGGUGAGGAGGGAGAGGAGAUGGUGUGUGGGAGACUCUCUGUCAGACUAGUCGAGGUCAGAGGUCACGGUGACAUCGUGGAGAGGAGGAUGGAAGUAAAAUCUGUGGAGGAUGCUACAAGUCAAACGCCACUCAUAGUGAAUGCCUUGCAGCUAAUUAGCUGGCCAAAAGGGGGGCUACCUCACUCUAAGUCCAUUAUCACACUGCUGCAAAUGCUCACUGGUGCUCUCAUGAAAUCAUCCAACAAGAAGUCUGUGGUCAUGUGCAGUGAUGGGGUAGUUCGGAGUGGGACAUUCCUGGUCAUCCACUCUCAGUUGGAACGUCUGAAGACAGAAGGUGUGGUGGAUGUCUUCCAGGCCAUCAAGUCUGCUCGCAUACACAGACCUGGAGUCAUACCCAACACUGAUCACUAUGUCUUCUGUUAUGAAGUACUGGCUGACUUUGUGGAGAGGAUGGAAGCAUACCACAACUUCAAGACUCUUAUGAGAAUACAGGACAAUUGCUCUUGCUGUCUAUGAACUUCACUCUACACACUGAGCUCAGAGCAAGUGUUCCUGAAUUCACUAUCUCCUGUCGUACUCAUGGAGGACCUGCCACAACUGUCCAGUGGACAGUAAAUGGAGUCCCAGUACAGGAAGACAGAUAUCAUGAGACCAGUCAGCUCAUACUGGACACAUCUCUCAACUCUGUCUAUGACAACAGAUUGAGAGUGAGAGGAAGAAGAAAUGGGACCUACAACUGUACCAUCAGCAACAAUAUUAGAGACUAUAUACCUGAGGCACCCAUUACUGAAGUCAGUGGCACAAAGAGAAUUGCAG